UAGUCGGCAGUGACGUUGGAUCGGGGUACAGAGGUUGCGCAGUGUGACAUCGGCAGGUCUCCGGUGAGAGAGAAGAGAGAGUGUGCGAGUCCCCGGGGCUGCAGUGACGGAUCGGGAGCGAAAAUGCUCAACAUGUGGAAAGUCCGGGAGCUGGUGGAUAAAGCCACCAACGUGGUGAUGAAUUAUUCAGAGAUAGAGUCUAAGGUUCGGGAGGCGACCAACGAUGACCCCUGGGGACCUUCCGGGCAGCUCAUGGGAGAGAUAGCCAAGGCGACAUUCAUGUACGAGCAGUUCCCGGAGCUCAUGAACAUGCUGUGGCAGAGGAUGCUGAAAGACAACAAAAAGAACUGGCGCCGGGUUUACAAGUCUCUGCUGCUGCUGGCGUAUCUCAUACGGAAUGGAUCGGAACGAAUCGUCACCAGCGCCAGGGAGCACAUUUACGACUUACGAUCCCUGGAAAAUUACCACUUUGUAGAUGAGAACGGAAAAGACCAGGGGAUCAACAUUCGGCAGAAGGUGAAAGAGAUGGUGGAGUUCAUCCAAGAUGAUGACCGUUUGCGGGAGGAAAGAAAAAAAGCGAAGAAGAACAAAGACAAAUACGUUGGGGUUUCAUCGGACAGCGCUGGGGGGUUCAGAUACAGUGAACGGUACGACACGGAGCCCCGAUCGAAAUGGGAUGACGAGUGGGACAAAAAUAAGCAGGGAUUUCCAUUCAGCGACAAAUUAGGGGAGCUGAGCGACAAAAUUGGGAGCACCAUAGAUGAUACGAUCAACAAGUUCAGGAGGAAAGACAGAGAGGACUCUCCUGAGAGAGGCAGUGACAGCGAAGAAGACAAGAAGGCAAACCGAGCAAAACAAUCGGGGGAGUUCAAAGACGAGGAGAUGGUGACCACCAAACACAUCCACAUCACUCAGGCCACAGAGACCACGACCACGCGCCUCAAGCGAACGGGAAACCAGCCCAAAACCAUCGAUCUGGGAGCAGCGGCCCACUACACCGGAGACCAGGCCAGUCCUCAGCUCACCGCUUCCAGUCAGACAUCCAAGGCGCCCACGGGUGAACCCAGUAAGAGAUCUUCUAAUGACCUGGUGGACCUGUUAUUCGGCUCUGAACAGAAAACAGGUUCCACAUCUGAUCCGUUUGGGGAGUUUGCAGACUUUAGCUCCCCUGCUGCUGUAUCGUCCACACAAGCAAGCAGUAAUGGAGAGUUUGGCGACUGGGGGGCGUUCAGUAAGCCACAAUCGAUCGACGCCGCUCCGUCAGCAGAUCUGUUUGGCGUCCCCUCCCAGCCCAGCACAGACCUGUUUGCUGCUUCUCAGCCGCCAGCCCCUUCCGCUGCCCCCGCCACGGACCUGUUUGACCUCAUGGGCUCCUCCCACGCAACCAUGAGCACCUCCCAAAGCAUGAACCUAUCCAUGAUGAGCUCCAGCAACGUGGGCGUGACCCUGCCCAUGUCACGAUCUCAGCCUCUACAGACGAUGAACAUGGGUCUUCAGAAGCCGAACACCCUCGCCUCGCAAGGAGCAGACCUCAAAGUAACGGGCAAAACCCUUCCCUCCACCUGGUCUGACCCCAGCGUCAACAUCUCGUUGGACAGUCUGAUUCCCGGCAUGCAGCCCUGCAAACCCAUCCAGCCUUCGCUCAACGCCAUGAUUCAGCAGCAGAACGUGCAGCAGCCUAUUGGCAUGGUGUCACAGAGCUUUGCCAGUCUGAACAUCAGCGCCACCCCUGGAAUGAUGCCUGUCCGACCUCAAACAAGCCCGAUGAUCCCUAGUUCCGUGCCCGGAGGCAUGGGGAUUCCCAACAUGAUGACUGGCACCUUGGGCAUGUCCCCCGUAGGCGUUCCUCCAAUGAUGAACCAAGGCAUGAUGGGAAUGGGUAUGCCGGCCACCAUGGGAAUGCCCAUGGGUUUAGCACCAGGAUCCAUGCAACCCAAACAACAAGAUGCCUUUGCAAACUUUGCAAACUUCAGCAAAUAAAAAAAAAAAAAAGCUUUAUCCACCCCACCCCGCUUAGCCGGAGGUAACCGAAGGAUUUUUAGUGGCACACAGACGAGAGGAUUGAUUGGAAGCCUGGAAAGCAGCGUCUCUGAUCCUCCAUUUAAAACGACAGUCUUUUAUAAACUAAUGACACGGACUUCCAGACGAGCAGUUUGUAGAAUUGGGGGAGGGGGAGUCUGGGCUCAGGUACACAUCUAGCCUGCUCGGCCCCUGAGCACCAUUGCCUUUCCGUAUCCAGCAGGUUUAAAGCAGACAUCCUCCGUCUGCCAUCAGGGUAUGUGACGGGGCUUUUUUACGCCCGCUUUCUGGGAUUACUGCUUGUGAUUAAAGAGCGAAGACAGAAAUUCCCUGCAAAACAUUCAACUUUGAAGCAUUCCCACCUUCUUGGUGUCCAUGCGCACCUCCCUACUGGGGAGCUUCCAGUUUUGGUAACAUAUAUUUACAUAAUUCCCCAAAGUGGCUUAAGCGUUCCUGUUUCUGCUGCUUCUAGUGCGCCCUGUAGUUUUAUUACCUCACAUACUGUCAUGGCAGGUUCCUUGUGCAUCGUUGGUGAAUUCUGGUGAGGUCAUCAGCGACCCCAGUUGGCCAUCCUGUACCUUCACUUGUCAUUGAUGUCUCCUACUGGCAUCGUGUGACUACAGCUGGUGGGCUUACAGGAUGUCAAUGGGUGGGCCAAGUUGCUCGUAUCAACAGGGCUGCCAGUCCAAUCAACUGCUGGCCGUACCAGUUACCAAAAAAAAUGGCUGCCUUCCCUGCUGGCAGAGAGGUCUGUGUCACAUUAUCCUCUAGGCUCCCCCUGCAGCGUUUACCCCUGUCUGCAAAGAACGACUGAUUUUAGAUUUUAUACAAAUUUCCUAUUCGUUUUUUUUUUCCCUCCCACUCCCAUUCUUACUUUCCCCAUGUAUGUAAGGCAGCGUCCGGCGUGAGAAAUCAUUAUAAAUACAGAUUAUCAUUAUUAUUAUUGGAGAUGAGCAUUAGGUGUCCGUCAAAUUCUUGGCUUUACAAAAAUAAAAUGUAAAAGAAUAAAGAUUUUUUUUUUUGGCAACUAA